UUCAAUUUCACACGUUGAGGAAUGUGGCUCCAGUAAAUUUGUCCAUACAGAUUUGACAGGGUCCUCAUUGGUUUGACUAUGGGGUGCAUCCACCCAUCGGCCUUGGGCAAGGUCCAUACGCCACCUUCCAGUCUUCAUGGAGGCAGUGAAGCGAAGUGAGGGCAAACCUUUAUAAUCUGCCGAAAGCUAGUAUACACUACGUCAGGGUCCAGAUCAAGACACCUUCUCCGGCAGUCAGUUCUGCGUCCCGACCCAGCUAAUCCAGAUUUUCCCAGUCAGUGAAAUUCUUUCAAUUAUCUUCUCAUCAUUUCCUCUUCAAUCCUCUUAUUCUCGACACCAAAUCUGACUUGUGACGACCGUGCUGUAAUUCUAUCGUGUAACCGUGUCUCGCUUCACCUAUUCUUCCUCUGCCAAAGAGAAUUCCGAGUGUUCCGAGUAUUUUUAAUCGCCAAGCAGCAGCCCUGACGGAGUUAUACAUUGUCGCACUUGCUACAUUGUCAAACUCGAAUUUGCAGAGAGCCAUCAGCGAUUCUAUCGACUUCUCAUCAAGAUGAACGAAUUCUUCUCGUCCAACUUUGAGCAGAUCAAAAUGCCCACUGGGAAAACCGGUGAUUCUAUGCAGUAUUGCCUCAGUCCUUCGGCGAUGACGAAGCCAGCUUCACACACUGAGGACCCUCUGCAGUGGGCGAAAGCAGCCCGUGCGAUGCAUUGCAGUCACUGGGAGGAAGUCGCCGACAUGGUUCAUGAGUUUCAGGAUGCCAAAGAAAUACUCAUUCAAGGUGCCAAUCUCAAAGUGGCCCAUGUCACAGCUGUUGCCAGGCGUUCUGAUGUCACCGUGGUGCUCGAUGCAGCCGUUGCCAAGGAACGAGUUGACGAGAGCUCCGAAUGGGUGCUGCACAAUAUGAGGAAAGGCACUGACACUUACGGUGUCACUACAGGCUUCGGUGCCACAUCCCACCGCCGCACUGACCAGGGAGUUGAGUUACAGAAAGAGUUGAUUCGUUUCCUCAAUGCUGGAGUUCUGGGUAAGGACGCUGCCAACAUCCUUCCCGUGUCCACAACCAGAGCAGCAAUGCUGGUAAGAACCAACACUCUGCUGCAAGGCUACUCCGGCAUUCGGUGGGCAAUCCUCCAAACUCUGCAGAAACUGCUCAACAAGCAGAUCACUCCUCAACUUCCUCUUCGAGGCACCAUCACAGCUUCAGGAGAUCUCGUGCCACUUUCAUACAUUGCAGGUCUACUCACCGGACGUCCUAACUCCAAAGCUGUCACCGAAUGUGGAGACAUUGUCAGCGCACAACAAGCUCUGAAGCUCGUAGGUCUGCUGAAGCCCUUUGAGCUGCAACCCAAAGAAGGACUGGCCCUCGUGAACGGCACAGCAGUCGGCUCAGCUUUGGCUUCCACAUGUUGCUACGAUGCCAACGUGCUCGCCCUCUUCGCCGAAGUGUCGUCGGCUCUGUUCUGUGAAGUGAUGCAGGGCAAGCCUGAAUUCACCGACCACCUCACCCACAAGCUCAAGCAUCACCCCGGUCAGAUUGAAGCGGCUGCCAUCAUGGAGCAUGUGCUGGAAGGCAGCUCCUACAUGAAGGCCGCAGCCAAGCUCCACGAAACGGACCCGCUGCAGAAGCCCAAGCAGGACAGGUACGCUCUGAGGACGUCUCCCCAGUGGCUGGGCCCCCAAAUCGAGGUGAUCCGCGCUGCCACACACUCCAUCCAGAGGGAGAUCAACUCUGUGAACGACAACCCGCUCAUCGAUGUGUCCCGAGAUAUGGCAGUGCACGGUGGAAACUUCCAGGGCACUCCCAUCGGAGUGUCCAUGGACAACAUGCGACUGGCAAUUGCAGCCAUGGGCAAGCUCAUGUUCGCUCAGAUGUCGGAGCUCGUCAACGACUUCUAUAACGGCGGGCUUCCAUCGAAUCUGACGGGAGGUCCUAAUCCGAGCUUGGAUUAUGGAUUCAAAGGCGCGGAGAUAGCCAUGGCGUCUUACACUUCAGAGCUCUUGUAUUUGGCCGGUCCAGUGACCACCCAUGUGCAGAGUGCGGAGCAACACAACCAGGACGUGAACUCUCUUGGUCUCAUCUCAGCUCGCAAAACAGAGGAAGCUAUCGAAAUCUUCAAGCUCAUGUGCUCCACAUAUUUGGUGGCGUUGUGCCAGGCUGUGGAUCUGCGACACUUGGAGGAGAACAUGCUAGCAAGCGUCAAGCAAGUGGUCUCUCAAGCGGCCAAAAGAACUUUGUUCACCGAUAACGAAGGCUGCCUACUGCCAUCGCGCUUCUGUGAGAAGGACCUUCUGAAAGUGGUGGAUAAUUUGCCUCCUUUCUCGUACAUAGACGAUGCUACCAGCGCAUCCUACCCUCUGAUGCAGAAACUGAGGCAAUGUCUGGUGAAUAGUGCGCUCAGUCCCGCCAAUGAUGAUGAGGGCUGUAGUACAUUCAGAAGAAUCUCGGUCUUCGAGGAGCAGCUAAAGAUCGGGCUGGAGUCUACCAUCCCCUCCAUUCGAGGGCAAUUCGACAAUGGCGUCACAGCAGUACCAAACAGAAUCACUGACUGCAGGAGUUAUCCUCUGUACAAUUUUGUAAGAUCAUUAGGCACCAAGUUACUAGUAGGCACGGAGACGAGGUCACCAGGGCAGGAUAUCGAGCUCGUUUUUGAAGCCAUUUCGGAAGGCAAGAUGGCCACUCCCUUACUUGAAUGUUUAUCAGUGUGGGACGGAUGUCCGAGAUCCAUCAAGCCUUCCAAAACAAUAGCGUAAGAUGCUACAUAAACAUCUGUACAUAGCAUAAGAGAAGUAGUUCUUUAUUUGUAAGUUAUCAACAAUUUGAUACGACCCAGUGGAAAUAUAUUUUUUCAAGCACCAACGAAUUUCAGCGCCCAUGAAUUUCAGCGCCCAUGCGAUGCAUGAAUCUUGACUUAUCACAUUUG